GAGAGAGAACUAAACAAAACCCAUAUCAAGCUUCUCUUCAGAGACUGCAAUCGAUCACGCCUGCUCAACAUGAAGCGCAAGGCCGAUUCACGGAUUGACGACAACAGGGCGUCCAAGAAGAAGUCCAAGACGACUCUCACGACCGACGUCGCAAAGUCAAGGUUUCGCAAAGGUCUUUUCGACAAGAAUGUCCUCGACUCGUACACCCGCCAGUACGCCACCUCGAGCCCUUACAAGCACUCGGUCAUCAACGGCCUCGUCGACGACCGCCUCCUGCGCUCCGUCCGUGACGAGAUUCGCGAAAACGUUUCCUUCACCCCCAAGGAGACGGACAUUUACAAGAUCCACCAGUCAGGCGACCUCGCCAAUCUUGACGGCCUCGACGACGAUGCCCUCGCCAAGCUGCCGUCGCUGCUCUCGCUGCGCGACGCGAUAUACUCCGAGACCUUCCGCGACUAUGUCUCCCACAUCACCGGCUGCGGACCCCUGAGCGGCCGCAAGACCGACAUGGCCAUCAACGUCUACACCCCCGGCUGCUAUCUCCUCUGCCACGACGAUGUCAUCGGUAGCCGCAAGGUCAGCUACAUCCUCUACCUCACGGACCCGGACAAGCCGUGGAAGCCUGAGUGGGGCGGCGCUUUGCGGCUGUUCCCCGUCGACGAGCGCAAGGGCAAGGACGGCGAGAUCGCCAAGACGCCGGCACCGGACCACACCAAGGUCAUCCCGCCCGCUUGGAACCAGCUGUCCUUCUUCGCCGUGCAGCCGGGCGAGUCCUUCCACGAUGUCGAGGAGGUGUACCAUGCCGAGACCAAGGAGCAGCUCGAGCGCGAGGGCGGCCGAAUCCGCAUGGCCAUCUCCGGGUGGUUCCACAUCCCCCAGGUUGGCGAGGACGGCUAUGUCGAGGGCGCCGAGGAGAAGCAGGUCAAGAACUCGGGGCUCAUGCAGCUUCAGGGCAAUCCGGACCAGCACGACACGCCGCGCGCGAAGCCCACCAAGGUCGAGAAGCCCAAGGCGAGCCUGGAAGGCUUCGACGAAGCCGGGCUUGAGUUCUUGCUAAAGUACAUGGCACCGACGUACCUCACACCGGAUACGCUCGAGCAGAUCUCGGAGCAUUUUGAGGAGAACUCGAGCAUCACGCUCUCAAACAUCCUGUCCAAGAAGUUCUCUGCCCGGCUGAGAGAUUACGUCGAAUCCCAGGAGAAGGCGUCGCUGCCCGAAAAGAGUGCGGCUGUUGAGAAGAAGUCGGCGUGGCGCGUCGCCCGCCCGCCGCACAAGCACCGAUUCCUCUUUCAACAGCCCGCCGGGGCCGACGAGCUGCGCAGCUCGCAGGAGGAGAACCCGCUGACGGAGCUGUUGGACCACCUGCUCCCAUCACGCCAGUUUCGUGAAUGGUUGCAGGUCGCCACGGGCACUGUCGUCGAGGGCCACGAGUUCCUUGCGCGCCGCUUCCGCCGGGGCCAGGACUACACUCUUGCGACGGGCUACGAAGGUAAGCCGCGCCUAGAAUUCAACCUCGGCAUCACGCCGUCCAGGGGUUGGGGUGACGAGGAUGACGAAGAGGAGCCCGAGGAGGAGGAGGAAAAUGAGAAGGCAAGCAGGAAGACGAAGAAGCGCAGCAAGGGUAAAGGCAAGGCUAAGGCAGAGCCCGAACCUGAACCCAAAGAAGAGAUCGAGGUUGGCGGGCACGAGGUGUACAUGGCGGGCGACGACGGCGACGAGGACGAGGAUGCGGCCAUCUACAAGUCUAGCGGCGACGACGACAAUAUCCUCUUCUUCCAGGCGGCCGCGUGGAACAAGCUGACGCUCGUACUGCGCGAUAGUGGCACGCUGCGCUUCGUAAAAUAUGUCGGCCGCGCGGCCAAGGGCGACCGCUGGGACAUUUCAGGCGCGCUCGACAUCGAGGACGAGGACGAGGACGGCGGCGAGGCGAGCGGGUCCAAGGACAAGGCCGGCCACGAUGAGUCCGAUUCUGCGGAGGAGUGGAACGGCUUCUCCGACUCACCUGCGGCGGAGAGCGAUAGUGACUAAAGGAUUUCGGGUCGCGUGGAAGCUGUGUGUGUAUAUGUGUGUGUGCGGCCCUCGGCCCAACAAAAGUCUUUCCGCGCAGUAGAUGCGAUACACGAUUAGAUCCCAAACUAAUUGAAAUGACAAGUUGAUGGGCUCUUUUCUCUGUAGAUACCUGCCGGCGGGCUCUCAUGGCCAUCCAUGCCUUGUCCUGCCUUACCUAGGAAGAAACAGGCCGAGCCAAACAAACAAUUUGUGAUUUGCAAAUGCUACAGCAAGAUCGAGACAGCUAAUAACUCGACUCGAAUGUACAAAGAAGAUGGACAAGACAAUUUCGCUAUCCUGUGAUCCCCAUGCCCCCUUUCCCAUGAAAACGCCAGAGUUUCUCCUAUUUAGCCAUGCAAGAAAACACGAAUGUGCCAGCAAUGCCAGUGUCUGACGAUGCAACAAUCCCUAACACAAGAGCAAAACCCCCUUCUCGGUAACCUUCUACC